CUGUGGUGCUUGUCAAAAUGAGAAAGUGACCGUCAGUGACCUGGCUUGGUACUCCUGUCACCAGAGUCUCCUGGAGCCAGUGGUCAGCCCAGCUGAAGCCGGAGGAGGAAGGAAGAGAAGCACAGCCUGAUCAGGAAUGUUUACCCUUGCAGAAGUUGCAUCGCUCAAUGACAUCCAGCCAACUUACCGUAUCUUGAAACCAUGGUGGGAUGUAUUUAUGGAUUAUCUAGCUGUUGUUAUGUUAAUGGUUGCCAUUUUUGCUGGAACCAUGCAGCUGACCAAAGACCAGGUGGUCUGCUUGCCAGUUUUGCAGUCUACUGUAAAUUCAAAAGCACAACCCGGCACGUCAGGGAAGGCUGACUUUACAACUGUUGAAACAACCACUGGUCAAGGAGAAGAAGCAUCAAUGAGAACGGUUUCCUUCGGAAGUGCCCCUACUGUAACACCUGAUGUACCCCUGAGCAGAGCUACCUCUUCUCAGUAUCAACCCACUGAAUCAGGCCAGGAGGUGAAGAAGGAGCAGAAAGAUUCUUCAGGCCGUAAAACAAAUUUGGAUUUUCAGCAAUACGUAUUUAUUAACCAGAUGUGCUAUCAUUUGGCUCUUCCUUGGUAUUCAAAGUAUUUUCCCUAUCUUGUUCUCAUCCAUACUAUCAUUUUAAUAGUCAGUAGCAAUUUUUGGUUCAAGUACCCCAAGACUUGCUCAAAAAUUGAGCAUUUUGUGUCUAUAUUAGGGAAGUGCUUUGAGUCCCCUUGGACUACAAAAGCAUUGUCUGAAACUGCAUGUGAGGACUCAGAGGAGAACAAACAGAGGUUAACUGGUGCCCAGUCCCUGCCCAAGUAUGUUUCCACUAGCAGUGAUGAAGGAAGCCCAAGUGCCAGCACUCCCAUGAUAACAAAGUCUGGCUUCAAAUUUUCAGCUGACAAGCCAAUGAUCGAGGUUCCCAGCGUCACUAUUUUAGAUAAGAAAGACGGAGAACAAGCCAAAGCGCUGUUUGAGAAAGUCCGUAAGUUCCGGGCUCAUGUGGAGGACAGUGAUCUGAUUUACAAGCUCUAUGUAGGCCAGACUGUCAUCAAGACUGUCAAAUUCAUAUUUAUUCUCUGCUAUACUGCAAACUUUGUCAACACCAUUAGUUUUGAACACAUCUGCAACCCAAAAGUGGAACACCUGAUUGGCUACACACAGUUUGAAUGUACACACAACAUGGCUUACAUGUUGAAGAAGCUGCUUAUCAGCUAUAUUUCCCUCAUUUGUGUCUAUGGCUUUAUCUGCCUCUACACACUUUUCUGGCUGUUCCGAAUACCUUUAAAAGAAUAUUCUUUUGAAAAGGUCAGAGAAGAGAGUAGCUUCAGUGAUAUCCCUGAUGUCAAAAAUGAUUUUGCAUUUCUCUUGCAUAUGGUAGAUCAGUAUGACCAGCUGUAUUCUAAGCGAUUUGGUGUCUUCUUGUCAGAGGUAAGUGAGAACAAACUACGGGAAAUUAGUUUAAACCAUGAAUGGACUUUUGAAAAGCUGCGACAACAUGUUUCCCGCAAUGCCCAGGACAAGCAAGAGUUGCAUCUCUUCAUGCUAUCAGGGGUCCCCGAUGCAGUGUUUGAUCUGACAGACCUGGAUGUGUUGAAACUGGAGCUGAUUCCUGAAGCAAAAAUCCCUGCAAAAAUUUCCCAGAUGACAAAUCUUCAGGAGCUUCAUCUGUGCCACUGCCCUGCGAAGGUCGAGCAGACUGCCUUCAGCUUCCUCCGGGACCACUUGAGAUGCCUUCAUGUGAAAUUCACAGAUGUUGCAGAAAUUCCUGCGUGGGUGUAUUUGCUUAAAAACCUCCGUGAAUUGUACUUGAUAGGCAAUUUGAACUCUGAAAACAAUAAAAUGAUAGGGCUUGAAUCUCUCAGAGAGUUGAGACACCUUAAAAUUCUCCACGUGAAGAGCAAUUUGACCAAAAUUCCCCCCAAUAUCACAGAUGUGGCACCACAUCUGACAAAACUAGUCAUUCAUAAUGAUGGCACUAAGCUUGUGGUACUCAAUAGCCUUAAGAAAAUGACUAAUGUUGCAGAGUUGGAGCUGCAGAACUGUGAACUGGAGAGAAUUCCCCAUGCCAUCUUCAGCCUCUCUAACUUACAGGAACUGGAUUUAAAGUCAAAUAGCAUACGCACAAUUGAAGAAAUCAUCAGUUUCCAGCACUUAAAAAGAUUGACUUGUUUAAAGCUGUGGCACAAUAAAAUAGUCAACAUUCCUUCCUCCAUUACCCACAUAAAGAAUUUGGAGUCUCUUUAUCUCUCCAAUAACAAACUCGAAUCCUUACCAGCCGCAGUGUUCAGUUUACAGAAACUUAGGUGUUUAGAUGUAAGCUACAACUCAAUCGCAUUGAUUCCAGGGGAAAUAGGUUUGCUUCAAAAUCUGCAGCAUUUUCACAUCACAGGAAACAAAGUCGACAUUUUGCCAAAACAGUUGUUUAAAUGUGUUAAAUUGAGGACUUUGAGUCUGGGACAAAACUGUAUUACCUCAAUCCCAGAUAAAGUUAGUCAACUGUUGCAGCUGACUCAUCUGGAACUGAAGGGAAACUGCUUGGACCGUCUGCCAGCCACUCUGGGGCAGUGUCAGCUUCUCAGGAAAAGCGGGCUUGUGGUGGAAGAUCACCUCUUUGAUGCUUUGCCCUCAGAAGUUAAAGAGGUGUUGAAUCAAGACACAAGCAUUCCCUUUGCUAACGGGAUUUAGGCUGAGGUGAAAUGAUCCAGUAGCUGACUUUCCAAAAGGCAAAUGCUAAAAAGUAUGGCAAUUGUGAGACCAUGCAUUUUAGAAAGCAGAAUUCCUUGGAAGGCAGGACUACUAGCAGGAUUAGAAGAGGUGUAACUGAGUGUUCAAUGUUUGCAGUGUUUUAAAAGAUUAUUUCCAAAAUUUUUGAGAGGAUAAAGAACCUUAAUAAUCUCAAUUCUUUUUUCCUUAAUUUGUUUGUAACUUGGAUGCUGCCGCUUUUGAAUGUUUACAAAUUUGCUUGCCUGCUUAAAGUAAAUGAUUAAAUUGAUGACCUUUUCUUACUAUGCAAGUUAUUCCUCAAGGUCUGGAUUUACUUUAGUGCAUUAUGGGAGGGGGAAACAAGGACAAGCGUUGUAUACGGUAUGGUUCUAACAGCACUUGAAACACAUGUUGAUGUGUGUUGUUAGUGUUUAGCCAUCCUCAGCAAGUGAAACCAGUUUGGCUGUGCUUUGAACUGCACCAGAACCACCAUUUUCCUGCAUUAAGGUAUGUGUUUGCAUCAGGCCAAGUGUGUUUGCCUUCAUUCUUCAUCCUCAAGGCCUCAUGUUGUUGGGUGAGAUUUCUUCUGUGGUCCAGUGUGCUACUCCUUCACACUGGCAAAGACUAGUCACAUUCCCACAGCUGGUCUCCCCCUCAGCUUCCAUAACGCUCCUCUGUCCCACACAGGAGUGGGUAGUAGAAGGGAGAAUACUGCCACUUGGCUUUCGAGUUGGGGAUAGUUUUGAUAUUUGAACUGUUUUGCAAGGUGACUUUGAAAGCCAUUAAACACCAAGUGACUUUACUGCUCAUGUUUUGCUCCUCUUCUGAGUUUUCAUCUGGGAAACUCAAGGCAUUUUAUGAGUUGGUGAUUGUUUUGUUUCACAGCCCUUGCUUAGGAACUGGGGUGUCUGCUCCGUUUACGAGACUAAUGACUGAGACAUAAGAGUUACGAUUUACCCAAACAUGAUUUAGCUUUAUCACCUAUUGUGGUGUGUCUUUCACACCUGGACUUUAACCAUAGGACCACCCUUCUCCCCCACCCCAGCCCAAGUAAUUUGAUGUUUUUGAACAUUUACGCACUGUUAGAAAACCCGGUGUGCCAGAUAAAGUCAUCAAAUAAAGAAAAAAGCAGACAGCAGUGAGCGUGGGAUUUUUUUUUUUUGGUUGGUUUUUUUGGUGUUGUUUUUUUAACCGAGUUUGCAUUGCCAGAACCAUUAAAGAAAUAUAAUCCAUUAAAUCUGCAAAAUCAUCAGUUGUAAAUCUUGGCCAUUUACAUUCCAUUUGUG